GGAGUGGAUUGCUUAGCAAAUAUACCGACGCUUGCGUCGCAGCGCUGGAGGAGCUUUUGUAACACGCAUGAUUGUUUUAAAGGUGGAAUAAAUUUGGACAUGGCUUCAUCUUUUCAUCUGCCGAGAAGCAACAGCACCAGAGAAACGUUAGAGAACUCGAGCUGCGAAUCUUCAGAUAAUGAAACAGCAGAAAAGGAGAGGUCUGUCGAGCAGAGAAGUGACGACGGGAAUGCCGAUGAUUCCAAGAAAAAAAAACAAAGACGGCAGAGGACUCACUUCACCAGCCAGCAGCUGCAGGAGCUUGAAGCCACUUUCCAGAGGAACCGAUACCCGGACAUGAGCACCAGAGAGGAGAUCGCAGUGUGGACCAACCUCACGGAGGCCCGAGUCCGGGUUUGGUUCAAGAAUCGGAGGGCGAAAUGGAGAAAAAGGGAGCGCAACCAGCAAAUGGAUUUGUGUAAGAACAGUUACCUGCCCCAGUUCAGCGGACUAAUGCAGCCGUAUGAGGACGUCUACCCCGCGUACACCUACAACAACUGGACCAACAAAGGCCUGGCCCCAACCCCGCUGUCCACCAAGAACUUCACCUUCUUUAAUUCCAUGAGUCCCCUCACGUCCCAGUCCAUGUUCUCAGCCCCGACCUCGAUCUCCUCCAUGAGCAUGGCGUCUGGGAUGGGACACUCCGCCGUGCCUGGCAUGCCGACCACCGGCCUGAACAACAUCGGUAACCUGAACGGUAUCGGGAGCUCCGCGAUCAGUCCGGCCAUGAGCUCGUCAGCGUGCCCCUACGGACCUCCGGGAUCUCCUUACAGCGUCUACAGGGACACUUGCAACUCCUUAAGACUGAGAUCCAAGCAGCAUCCAUCUUUCGGAUAUAGCGGGUUGCAGAGUCCCGGCUCUAGUCUAAACGCAUGCCAGUACAACAGCUGACGAGUUAACCUCCAGUGAACGGACCCCGGGAGAAAUAACAACCGUACUGGAUUUGGUGCGAUCGGCAUUUUGCAGUGGAAUAUGCGGAUCGUCUGUGUUUACCUAAACUUGCACAACAAUGUAAAUCCAUUGUUUGGAUUUCAACGUUUUGAAGCAGGUUAAACUGAUACAUUGUACAUAAAUAUAAACGUGGAACAAAAUUUGAAUAUGACGCAGUGCUCCAAGUGGGAACAAUGGUUUGUCAGAACACAAGCGUGUAAUUAGCGCAGCGUGUCGUGGUAAUUAGGCCUCGUGAUGAGUCGUGUUCGUCGUGUUUGUAUUCAGUGUCACGCAGAGGGUUUGUUGUCCUCGUGGCCUCUCCUGGAUUCUUUCCACGUCGUUGUUUCAUUGUGUCGAUAAUAGAUUUACCGCAUGCUUACUUCGAGUGCAAAAAAAAUGUUUUGUAAAAAUUAUAUGAAUGUGUAGACUAAAUAACAAAGCUAUAACUGUAUGUUGUACCCCUGUAGAUUGAAAUUGUGCUUAUGUUUAUGGAAAUGUUUGAAUAAACCUCAAAAUUAAGAA